AGAUCCUUGCUCCCACUUAUAUUUCUUUAUUUCUUUGAUGACCUCUUGAAAAUCCCGUCAAUUUAUUAUCAGAUCUACCCCAACUUUAUACAAGUCAAAAACACCAACCACCAUCACAACCUACCUCCUUCAUCUGCAAUACAGUAAUAAUCAAAUCAUACGACCUACCUAACCUCCACAACAUUAAAUCUCAUCAACUUCAAUACUCUACCUGAUUCAUAUAUCAUCAUAUCAUCAAAUCUUUGAUUGAUACGAACUAAAUCUUCCUACCUAUCCGAUCGCCACUCCAUUACACAUCACAAAAAAUGUUUCGAAGAGCUUUGUCAAAUGCACCCCGCGUUGCCGGCAGAGUGUUAUCGGCAAACAGCCACUCCGCUAUCAGACCUCUACCAGCCCAAAUUGCAUCGCCAUCUUUCGUUACUGGUCGCAGGUCAUAUCAUGAAAAGGUCCUCGAUCAUUAUUCGCGGCCGAGAAAUGUUGGCAGUAUGUCAAAAACGGAUACCGAUGUAGGGACUGGUUUGGUCGGCGCACCAGCAUGUGGCGAUGUCAUGAAGCUGCAAAUCAGAGUGGAUCCAGAUACGAAUACUAUUUCCGAUGUGAAGUUCAAGACGUUUGGUUGCGGUUCGGCCAUUGCUUCUUCUUCAUACUUGACAGAAUUGGUUCGAGGAAUGACACUUGAGGAGGCAGGUCGAGUGAGAAAUACAGAAAUUGCAAAGGAGCUCUGUCUUCCACCUGUGAAGCUCCAUUGCUCUAUGCUUGCCGAGGAUGCCAUCAAAUCUGCUAUCUCAAAUUACUAUACCAAGAACCCCAAGUCUCAAUCUACGAACCUCGGAGGUACUGGUGCAUCCAUGCCAAAGAUUGACGUGGACGCAGUGAUGGAACCCGCACAGUCUCAGACAGCAACGGUUUGAAGAAAAAUCGAUAGUAGGCGCAUUUAGGACAUGAAGGUUUUCCUUUCCACGUGUAUUAUGAUUGAAAGGUGUACUUGUUUGAUCUGGUAAAGGAUGGAUCGGUGAUCGGAUGCCAAGCUGUUGAAGUCGGGAAAGAUCAGAGCGGGCAGAGGAGACUGGUCUAAUUGACCUUGUCUUGAUCCAACACCAAAUUUGGGUAUUAGCCGGAUUGUUUAGGGGAGGUUUAGUUUUUUCCCACUCACACAGCUAGAUACAACAUCUCAGUUAAAAUGAAGCAUAAGAUACCAGUAGUUACACUUAGCAAUCACCAUAAACAAUGAUCGAAACAGUGAUUGAUUUCAUUACUGAUAUGUACUACAUUAUAUAUUAAGACAUGAUGUGUCUAGCUAAUUCCAUACAAGAUGCAAGACAGGGAAGGGUGUCUACAAGAUCCACGAAGAAGGAUUACCAGAU